AUGAAGCCUGCAACCCCAAUCAAAGCCGACUCCAUGAGUAAGCCAAGAGAAGCUACAAGGCAGACCCACACCAACCACAGGGAGAUCAGGGACGACCAUCAGCUGACGCCAGGGAGCCAGUCCAGGGCUCCACGCUGUGCGGACGGCGGGGCUGCGGCUGGAGGACCCGGCGGCGCGGCAAGGGGGGCGGCUGCGUGCCGCGGAGUCAUGGCCAAGUGCGGUGCGGAGGGGCCGGGGACCCCUGCACAGAAUGCGCCAAAGCCUACACAUGCUUCUCUGGAGAACCUGCCUAACGCGGUGAAAUGCAGAGUCCUGGCCCUCAAAAAACUGCAGAAGCGCUGCGAUAAGAUAAAGGCCAGAUUUGAUAAGGAAUCCCAGGCCCUGGAACAAAAGUAUAAGGAAAUGUACAAGCCUGUGCUUGCCGAGAUCCAAGAGCUCUGUGGUGAGCUGGAGGGCUAUGCAUGGACUGUGGAGGGUGAGGCGGCGAGGGAGGAGGAGGAGGAGGAGGAGGUGGCGGCGUCCGAGGAGGAGGAGGAGGAGCAGGAGGAGGAGAAGCAGCCCCCUAUGGAGGCCAAAAAUGAGGCUCCCAACUCCAGGGUGCCUCAUGACGCCCAGGAACAGGCGGAGGCACCAAUGGAAGAGGAGAAUGACAGCUAA